AUGCCGAAUAGGAAGGUCGUGAUAGCUGGUGCGGCUUUUAUUUUCAUAAUUUCAAAACAGUCAAUGUCUUGCAUUGUACCAGAAGUUUGUGAAGCGAUUAUAAAAUCAUUGAAAGAAAACAUUAAGCUGCCAAAAACAGGGUCAGAAUGGAUCCAGAUCUCAAACAGAUUUGAUGAAUUGUGGAAUUUUCCGCAUUCUGCCGGAGCCAUGGACGGUAAACAUGUCAUUCUCGAGGCUCCGACGCGGAAUAUAAUUAUAAAUUUCUGGAUGUCGGAUGUCAAGGCCGCAUUUCAGAUGGUGGAAUUUUUAAAGAAACUGAAUUAUAUAAAAAAACUAGAAAAUAAUUCGUUAAGAUUGCCUGCACCUGAAGCACUGCAAGGUAGAAACAAAGUAGUACCAUAUGUUUUUGUAGGAGACUCUGCCUUCCCUUUACAAAACAAUAUAAUGAAACCCUAUCCAGGAGAAUACCCCAAGGGAUCGCCGCGAAGAAUUUUUAAUUACCGGUUAAGCAGAGCUCGCAAGAUUGUAGAAAAUGUAUUUGGUAUCACAGCAUCUGUGUUCAGAGUUCUACGAAAACCUAUGCUCCUUCAGCCCAAAACCGUGGAGACUAUAGUCAUGGCUAUUGCACACUUGCAUAAUUUUUUGAGAAACACGGAUUCAUCUAAAAACUUGUAUGCACCCCCUGGCUCACUUGACAGCGACCAAAACGGAAGAUUAUGUGAAGGUAGUUGGCGGAGAGAUUGUGAAAUGUCAUCUUUACUUCCAUUGAAUAAUGUACCUAGAAGAGCUGUCUCAACGGCAAAACAAAUUAGGGAUGAGUUUAAUGACUAUUUUAUGAACGAGGGUACAGUUUCUUGGCAGAAUACAUAUUGUUAA